AUGGAUUAUUCAGCCUACAACCUCAACCAACCACAACAACCUCAAUCCUAUUACGAAUACGAUCCAUCUCAGAUUCAACAUCAACCCUACGAUCAAUCUUACGCUGCAUAUCAACCGUCAUAUUACGCUGGGUAUAAUCAUCAAUACGCUUAUUAUCCAACUGAUACUACAUCGCAUCUUCAACAUCAACAAACGCAUGGCUAUUAUCAAUCUGAACCCGCUCCGGUUCACCCUCCCGGUGUUAACCCUGAACCGGUUCAACACAAUCUGAUGAUUGGGCCAUCAUCUCAAUACAGAGGUAGGGGUGGUAGAUCAUUCAGGCGGGGUGGUCGUGGUCGAGGUCAGUUCAGUCAUGGAAGAGGACGUGGAGUGGGCGGUGGGAGACACUUUCCAUCUCAUUCUUCUGGACCUGCUAUUUCUGAUGUACCGGGUUCAUCAUCAGUCUCAGCUCAAGUGCAAACUGCACCAGUGCAACCGCCGCCACGUGGGGUAUUCUGUGAUAUUUGCAAGAUUGAGUGCAAUACCCCAGAAGUCAUGGAGCUGCAUCUGAAAGGAAAAAAACAUCUGAAGAAUAUCAGAUUACAUGAUGCAAAACUGAGACGCGGUGCUAUCAAUGCACCACAGAGCGGACAGAUUCCUACCUCUCAGUUGAACUCAACGGAUCAACCUAUUAUAACUCAGGAAUCUGAAGACCCCAUCAAAAAUAUUAGUUCUGAAAUUACAACUGAUAGUCAGAAGGUUGACAUAAUUUCGCAGAAUAAUGUAGGAGAGACUUCUGAUGUUCCAGCUGAAGAAAGUUCUGGUGCAAGAGGCCGUGGAUUGAAGCGUAAAUUAAGAGGAGGAAAAGCACGAAAACAGACGAGGAAUACUGAUGGUUCACAACCUGAGCCAGCUGUAGCCAUUACAUGUGAGUUGUGCAAUGUUAAAUGCGACACCCAACGUGUUUACCAGGCUCAUAUUACUGGGAAAAAGCACUUGAAGCGUGCCUAUGGUUCCCAAGCUUUGUCUGGAGUAGCUGGGCUUCAAGCACUUUACCCACCUGACAUCAACGCUCUAGCCACUGCAAUAAAUGCUCAAGUUCAACAAGGUGAUAAUGAUCCACAGGUACUUCUGGCUCAGCUCCUGGUGAAUGCACUAUCUCAAGCACAAGGAUCAGGAGCAGCAGCACUGAAUGGCUCAUUGGCUACUCAGACACCAGCGCCCACAUCGGUGGCAGGUUCAAGUUAUGAUCCCCAGUUGGUGCAGGUACAAGUCUCAGAAAUCGCAGCAUAUGGAAAUCCUACAGGUGAAUCAAAAAAUGAGGCGCCUUCUGCCCAGCUUGAGUCAAAUGCACAGGAAGGUUCAAAUGUUGGCACACAAAUUGAAGGCGGAAGUUCUGAAACUAAAUAG